AUGAAAUCCCUCGCAUGCACUGGCAUGACCUCAGAUAUCCCAUGUGACCAUCAGAUAAAAUGUGAGGUGACCGGCAAUCGGGCCUAUGCCUUCCGGGAUUGUCUUGAUUACAUGAGUGGUGGGGGUCGUAGACAGUUGAGUAGAACUUUUACUAAAAUGACUUAUACAAGUUAUUUUGGUCCUUCUGAAAUAUGGCUUGAGACCGAAGGUGGAUUUGCGGACUUCAGGUUCAAUCCGCGUUUGCCCGAGGUUGAGGAAUUCAAGCAGUCUCUACUAAACAGCGACCCUUAUGUUCAGAAAUACGGGGUUGAAGGUCUCGUGUAA